AUGGGGUCCCAUAGUUUGAUGGGUGGAGGCGAGACUCCUCUCCUCGAUAGCAUACUCUGUGAUGGGCUCACAGAUGCAUUUCACAACUAUCACAUGGGUGUUACUGCUGAAAACGUAGCCAAAAAAUGGAAAGUCAGUCGGGAGGAACAAGAUAAAGUCGCGGUCAUGUCCCAGAACAGGACAGAGCGUGCUCAGAAAGCUGGCCAUUUUGACAAGGAGAUUGUACCUGUGUCGGUACCUUCUCGAAAAGGUGUUACUAAAGUUAAGACUGUUGAGUUUCCUCGACAUGGGAGCAACUUAGAAGACAUGUCCAAGCUGAAGCCUCACUUUCUUUCCGAUGGGACGGGAAUAGUCACUGCAGCUAAUGCUUCAGGCAUGAAUGAUGGUGCUGCUGCUGUGGUCGUGAUGAAGAAGUCGGAAGCUCUUCGUCGUGGGCUGAACCCUUUAGCACGGAUUGUGUCCUGGUCACAAGCAGAUGUGGAUCCUUCCAUUAUGGGAACAGGACCAAUUCCAGCAAUAAAGCAAGCUGUUGCAAAAGCAGGUUGGUCACUACAGGAUAUUGAUGUAUUUGAAAUCAACGAAGCCUUUGCAGUCCUCUCUGUUGCAAUAGCUAAAGAACUGGGAUUAAGCCCAGACAAGAUCAACAUCCAAGGCGGGGCCAUAGCCUUGGGCCAUCCCCUGGGAGCAUCUGGAUGUCGGAUCCUGGUGACCCUGCUCCACACCAUGGAGAGAACUGGGGGGACCCGUGGUGUUGCUGCCCUGUGCAUAGGGGGUGGGAUGGGAAUAGCAAUGUGUGUUCAGAGAGGACAGAUAAAAUUAUUCUGUUAA